AAAAGUUCAAAGUUUUUCAAAACAUGGCAUACAGGAGGAAAGUUAUACAACUCUAUAAAGACUUGUUGCGUGAAAGCAGAAAGUUUAAAUCAUACAAUUACAGGGAAUAUGCUUUAAGAAGAACAAGAGAUGCUUUUAAAGAACACAAAAAUGAAGAUGAUCCUAAGAAAAUAACUUCUUUAUUGAAAUCCGCUGAGGAAAACUUGGAUAUUAUAAGACGACAGGUAUUAAUCGGAGAAAUGUACAGUGAUGGAAGUCUAAUUAUAGAAUCUCAAGCUAAGCAUACCACCUGACAAUCAACAAAGAGGACACACCCUCCUCUAGUAUUCAGAUCUGCGCUAUAAAUGUUUGGAGUUUUAUUGCAAUUGAUCAUCCAGAUGUGAAUGCAUGGAAUGGAAAUUAUUAUGCAACAUCUGAUACAACUUGUGUGUAUGUUUUAUGACUGUCACUUGUUAUUUCCAUUAUUUUUGUUCAAGGAUUUGAAUUUUUGUAAUAUACAGAAUUUUGUUGUAAGAUAUAUGAGAAUAUGAAUAAUACAUAUUGAUACGGUACAAAAAACCUAAACUUCAGGCAUUCAGUCAGUCUAGAUCAUUAAUUCCUUACCAUUACCACAGAAGUCUGGGGUCUUUAGACGACCUUUUUUUUUUUACAAGUUAUACUUUCAUAUGUUCAGUGAUUAUUUGUAAAAACUAUGUAACAAUUUGUUCUCAUGAUUCCUGCAAGUACUAGAGUACCUUUAAACUAUGUUUUAAUUGUUGUAAGUAAUACAUGAAUAAAAUAAUUUGCCCAUG